CUUCCACUAGGCUGUCGCUAAAGCUUAUUUUGAACGAGCUUGUUCUUCGUGCCUCCCCCUCACUCUGCCGCAUUUUCCUUUCACACUUUACGACAACGCUCUAAUGCUGUUGUCAGAAACAAUUUGCUGCGGAGUAUAAUAAUUUUCAAUCACAAAUAUUUUGAACUGAGUUCGUCAAAACAGAUUCAAACAGAAAAUGGCAUCCCUGUCUCUCUGCCUUCUUCUCCUCCUCCUCGGCUUUGAGAUAUACUGCGCCCACGCUCAGAAAUCUACAUCUUCCUCUCCGGCCGACGACUGUAACGGCAUCUUCUUGCAGUACGUCUACACCUCGGGCUCCAUUCUAAAGCCUACAGUCAAGACCCGUCAACCCUACCGAUUUGAGUCCACUCUUAGCAUCACCAACAACGGCCUUGACGAGGUCAAGUCCUGGCGAGUCUUCGUCGGGUUUCAGCACGAUGAGUUCCUCGUCUCCGCUUCCAACGCCGUCCUCGACGACGGGACUUCGUUACCGGCGGCCGUGGGCAACGGAACUGUUUUCGCAGGGUUCCCGAAUUCGGAUCUGAAGACUGCAAUUGAGACUGCCGGUGAUUUGACUCAGACGAGUGUUCAGGUUGACUUAGUUGGUACUCAGUUCGGAGUAGGUUUAGUGAAUGCUCCCAUGCCAUCCAAUAUCUCUCUCGUCAAUGAUGGCUUCCUGUGUCCUAAACCCUCUAUUCGAGGAAACAGCACUAUGCUUGUGUGUUGUGCAAAAGACCCGAAAUUCAAGGCUAAUCUAACCAGAGAUGGGGAAUUCUUACCACGCCGGGAUGGUGAUCUUACUGUCAUGUAUGAUAUCACAAGAACCUAUGAAUCAAAUUAUUGGGCACAGGUUUCCAUUGCAAACCACAACCCACUUGGCCGUCUUGACAACUGGAAGCUGAGCUGGGAUUGGAUGAGAGAUGAGUUCAUAUAUAUCAUGCAAGGGGCUUACCCGUCACUUGUAGAUUCAUCCAAGUGCAUCUUUGGCAAGCAGGGCGAGUAUUACAAAGACCUCGACUUCUCCACUGUAUUGAACUGUGACAGGAGGCCGACCAUCAUUGACCUACCUCUAGAGAAGGCCAAUGACACUACCCUGGGGAUGAUUCCUUUUUGUUGCAGGAACGGCACAAUCUUGCCUCCCGCAAUGGACCCCAGCAAAUCCGUGUCUGCCUUCCUGAUGAAUGUGUUCAAGAUGCCGCCAGAUCUGAAUCGUUCCUCCUUCACCCCUCCACAGAACUGGAAGAUCAGCGGUCGGCUGAAUCCGGAUUACAAAUGUGGGCCCCCUGUCCGCGUCUCUCCCAGCGAAUUUCCUGACCCGAGCGGACUGCUUCCUAACAAAGCGGCAUUUGCCAGCUGGCAAGUGGUUUGCAACAUCACCCAACCGAAGGGAGCAAGCCCGAGAUGCUGCGUCUCCUUCUCCGCUUACUACAAUGAAUCUGUCAUUCCUUGUCCAACAUGUGCCUGUGGCUGCCCUGCCAACACACCAAGAACUUGUAGUACCAAAUCCCCAGCUCUUCUCCUUCCAGCCCAGUCUCUGUUGGUUCCUGCUGAAAAUAGGACUAAAAUGGCAUUAGCAUGGGCUUCACUUAAUCAUUUCUCUGUCUCAAACCCUUUGCCAUGUGCAGAUAACUGUGGUGUUAGUAUCAACUGGCAUUUGUUCACAGACUACAGGGGCGGAUGGUCUGCAAGGAUGACACUCUUUAACUGGGAUGAGUCUCCAUUUGCUGAUUGGUUUGCUGCAGUGGAGUUGGAUAAAAGUGCAUCUGGUUUCGAGGCAGUCUACUCAUUUAAUGGUAGUAUAAUGAGUGGUGUCAACAACACGAUAUUCAUGCAAGGGCUUACUGGACUCAACUUUCUGGUGGGAGAGACGGACGGAGCUAACCCACUGAAGGAUCCCAGAGUGCCGGGUAAACAACAGUCCGUGAUCUCAUUCAGCAAGAAGAAUACCCCUGGUAUCAAAAUUGCUGCUGGUGAUGGUUUCCCAACCAAGGUUUACUUUAAUGGUGAAGAGUGCUCAAUACCAAAACUACUUCCCAAGAGUAAUUCAUUGAGAGUAAGAUCUUCCAUUCUGACAUAUUCAUGUCUUACUCUCAUUGUCUUCGUCGUGUUGAUAAGACAAUAACAACUCAAUGGGUAUGACCCCCUGUUUCAUUGUCUUAUUUGUUCAUUCUUUAGUGUAUUUUUGUUACUAUUAGACAGCGAACCUCAAACUACCUUUAAUCCUUGUAUGUAAUCUUGUAUGAAGGGUUUUCCUACUCCAGGUUUUAUGGGCCCAGAGAUCAAAUAUUGUAGUAGGCCACUAUACAUGUCUGUUUAAUGUGACAUUUGCGCAAUAUUCUUUUUUAAAUCACUGGAAUGUUAUUAGGUGGUGGAAGUUACUUUACCAAAUGCUCUGUAUAUUAUGGAUGUUCCAAAAGUCAAAUCAUGUACUCGUAGCCGGUUUCAUUUUAUGAAUUAAAAAUCCUUGUUUGCGUCGAAA